UAGUACCGAUAAAUAUUCAUUUAUUUUAUCAUUGAGGUUACGUUGUAAGUAUACAAGUGUGGACAGUUAAGUUAUAACUACGUCUUGUGGAAUUAUAACCUUGUAAAUUAUUUUUAUUUAAAAAUUUUUUAAAUUACAAACAUAAAUAUAAUAUAAAAUCGUAAGUACGUUAAUUAAAACAAGAAAACAUGAAAGCUUGGAGAGAAUCUGCUAGUUUAAUAUUAGCUGCACGUCAUACAAAAAGAUAUAUUCGCUCGUCUUCUACAAAGUUUCAGUAUAAUUAUAAUCUACUGUGUUUGAAACGUCAUCGGAAUUCGAAGUUCUUGCCCAAUACAUAUGUUUUUCCUGGAGGAGUAACAGAUCCAUCCGAUGCUGAUUUAAAAUGGCACAAUCUUUAUACCGCUUUCGGUUUUGAUACUAACAGUUUUACAUCUCUAAGUCUAAAUACUUCAAAUCGUCCUCAAAUUUUCAAAUUUAGACCAAACGAAUUGCCAAAAGAAGUUUCAUUACGAAUUACUGCAAUUCGUGAGACUUUCGAAGAAUGUGGUGUACUUCUUUGCAAGCAAUCGCAAGAAGAUAGACGAGAAGAUUUUGGUUGGGCACAAUAUAUGAAUAUUUCUGAAAGUGAAUUAUACAAUUGGCAAACAAGGGUACACAACGAUGCUAGAGAAUUUUAUACAUUAUGCGAAAACUUUAACUGUUAUCCAGAUCUAUGGUCCCUUUAUGAAUGGAGUAACUGGUUAACACCAACUCAUCUUACUGAACGUUAUGAUACUGCUUUCUACUUGGCUUGUGUUUCAACUGUGCCUCAAACUAUUUGUGAAGUUACAGAAAUGGAAAAUUUGAAAUGGGAUACGCCCGGAAAUUAUUUAUUUUCAUCUUCUGACGUUGCAUUUGCUGUGCCACAACAGUAUGAAAUUGCAAGAAUAGCGAAGUUCGAAAGUAUACAUAAUUUAAUAGAUUUCGCAAUUGAUCGUAGUAAAAUGGGCGUACUCUUAAAUUUACCGGUAAAAAUAGAAUUACAAGAUGGAAAAGUGCUAGUUUUACCAGGAGACUCAAUGUAUCCAGAUAAAGUUAAUUUGCUUGAGAAACAAAUUAUUAAUAGAACUGACAUCACUAUUUCUGAAUUUCGAGAUAUAUCUCCUAUAAAAAAUAGAAUUGAACUUUUCAAUCUCCAAGUGAAAGAAUUUUACGUUCAAAAUUUUGAUAGUGCCGAUGGCCAUUUGGCUCCUCUUCAGUUAAGAAAUGUUUCUAUUGCAAUGACACAUGAAAAUUCUAAAUUAUAAUAAAUAUAUUUAAUAAUGUACAGUUCU